UUUCCUGUAUCCCUAGACUCUUAUAUCUUGAAGUCUGUGCUUUAUCUUACGAUGAUCAUUGCACAUGACAAGCCUAGCAAAUCAUAUAUAUAUCGCGUUGCUGUAACGAAUCAUUCAUUCCGUGAGCGAGUGACGCGUAUCUCGCACGUUGUGUAUUUGUUUUUCUUUACUUAAUCUCGGUGAAAGUCGAAUGCAAUUAGAAAUCAGUGACAAAUUUCCAUUAAUAAAAAUAGUGGCACAGCCACAGGGCAGUCAGGCAUGCAACGUCAUGAGCGACCGAAGAAUCGCCUAAGGCUACUACAUACCUGCAUGGCAAUGCCAAGUUGGGAAAUCAGAUAGUUUGAGACAGACGUAUCACCUCUCGAAAUCAUCCCGCGAUCCUUUCUUGAUUCGAUCAUCCCAUCAUUCAUUCGUUAACGGGACAGAAAUUUGUCAUUUUUAUUUGCAAAAGAAUUUGUCCAUCAAUAAGCCUUAUUUGUGGGAAACUUUCGUGAGAACUCAGAGGCGAUACACAUCGAAAUAUUUUUUUUUUCAUUUUUUGUUUUUUAUCUUUUCCCAUCAAGGAAGUCUCAAGUCAAAGGACCUAAUCACACUACUUUCGCCUUGAUGCCAUUAAUUAUAACCGCUAGAAAGGGCCGUGGUUCACUAUAACAUUUGUGCUCUAAAAGAAAAGACACCAAUAAAACAAUGGUCCCUUUUCAAACCAAUUCUCUUGGCUUCCUAGGAGAUGCAUUGGAAUAAAGUGAAAUCUGAUUAAAUCUGCAUGAUGAUCCAGAAUGCACCUUGGCUUCGAUCCGUCCUGUACAAGUAUGGAGCAAUGGCGGUUCUCAAGGUCGGGACAAAUCCGCCGUCGUUGUCGUUUGUCCGUCAAUCCUCGCUUGCUUCCUUUUUCCAACCUGAAAGCGAAACAUUUACACCCAUCAGUGUCAAGACGGAAUUCUGGACGCCUUCAGGCAAUGGCCACGACCAUCACCGCAUUCAAAGAUUUCGGUCCCACCUUAGUUGUGCGAGUUCUUGGACGUCUCGAAUACAGCACUGACGCUCUCCUCGAGUUGCUCCAUCUUCCCAUAACAUUAGCAACCAUCGACGUCAAUCCGUACUCAACUGGUGAACGAGCGACUAAGGCAGCGAGUUAAUCGUGCUCAACAGAUGGAUGGUGGGUGAGAGUCCACUGGUUGUCGCGCCGAAACUCUCAUGCCCAGCGGUAUCAGAUUAUUCCGUUGUUGCUCUCUCACUCUCUCUCUCUCUAAUCUCUUGUCUCUCUCUCGUUGAAUCUUUGGAUCUCACAGCAUUGACCAUUGCUCGCGCGCCAACAAUCCGACCAUACAUCCAAGCAGGCAACCAACCAACCAACCAACUAGGCAACACACUAACCAAGUCGACACGUUGCUCGUGAAUUCACAAGGCUGGUUUGGUUGACUUGCACCCACCACAUCGAAUAAUAUAAAGAAAACAAGUUGUUGGUGGGAGAGGAAAAUUUUCCUAUUCCAAACCAAUCUCUCGCAAGGCUAAGUGCAACACAGACGAGUAGUUCAUUUGUGAUUCACGGUUCUCCGACGGAUUACAAGGCAAUCUGGCAAGAAAGAUAAUCACCCAGUGUGCAAGACAAUAACGAGUGUCGAGCCUCUGUGAUUCAGGCCCUUGUUGCUGCGUUCACAUUUGGAAGAUUUCGCCGGUUGAAACCCGCUUGUGGAUUCUAUUCGAACGAUUCCAUUGACUCAUUGGCUGACCCUGGAAGGAAAAUAUUUUAUCGUCCGUGUGAUUGCGGCGAAUCAGUGUGAAUAUACAUUCCAAGAUAUCGAGUGUUCAUGCAGUGAUCGGUGUCCAGGAUCAGGAUCAUCGAUGCAGGCAAACAAGCUGUGAAUGAGCCUUGGCUAAUCAGAAGACGAGGAGUGCUUCAAGGAAGAUCCCUUGAUCCUCUGUCUGGAGGCAAUUUCUGGGCAAUCUCUCCCGCUCUCUCGGUCGGUCGCCCUCACGGUUAUCUCCCGACAUUCGAAAGAGAUCGAGAGCACUCACACACCAACCAACACUACCAAGAACAAUCUCGUCGGAGUCCCAAGUGAAGUAACGAGUGUUGCUCAACAAGGUGCUGUGUUUUGGCUCACAUCCACCAAUCUGGCCAUCGCCAUUCCAAGCAAUUCGAACCCAGAUUGCGUUUGCCAGAGCUCUGGGCAUCUUCCCCAACUUUUUUUUCACACACAUAGCUCCUCGUGGGCUUCUUGGCCAACAUCAUCAAAUUCAGAACGAGACGGCUUUGGAAGCUAAGAACAAGAGGAGACACAACCGCAAAAAUUUGGCUUUCCUGGUUUAUGAAAGUGGUUAAGUGCAAUAGUGGUUGAUAGUGGCAAUUCCCCUUUUUUUCUCUUAACGUUCUAAUCCAACCGGCAAAAUUCUCAAAUUCAGAUACAGAGGUCAACAGCACGGCAGCAGCAGCAAUAGCAGCACCAAAAGCCUCACCUACAAGGUCGACGACGUCGACUCCAGCAACAACAACAGCCACGACGACAAUAACAACAACAACAACAACAACAACAACAACAACAACGACCUCUCUUAUCCGAACCGCAACCAUAUCCACCAUUUGAGUGGUUCGCGGCCGGCUCAAUCGUUGUCCUCGUCGCUCACGUCGUCCUCCACAGACAUGGAUACCAUUCAGAAUCACUUGGCGCUCCUCUUGGAUGCCAAGCCCUACGAGGAGAUGUACGAGUUCUGCGACUUCUCCAUAGCGGAUCAAAACGAGGCUGCCAUCUCGAAAGGCGUUCAACCCGCAGCCUCGUCCGAGUACAAGCCCGUUAUCCAGAAGUCUAUCACUUACAUUGUUGCUGCCGUGCUGGUCAAUGACCGUGGAGAGGUGCUUAUGAUGCAGGAAGCAAAGAGCUCCUGUGCGGGUCAAUGGUAUCUACCCGCGGGCCGAAUGGAGCCCGGAGAAGAUAUCACCGAGGCUGCCCGACGCGAGGUCCUCGAGGAAACCGGUCUCCAUUUUGAAGUCACUACACUUUUGGGCGUGGAAACGGCAGGUGGAUCUUGGUUCCGUUUCGUGGUGACUGGUCAUGUGACCGGGGGCAAACUCAAAACUCCUGCGGAUGCGGACUCGGAGUCUCUGCAAGCCAAAUGGAUCCAAAAUCUGUCGGAAUUGAGUUUGCGCGCCAAUGACGUGCUCAAUAUCAUCGAGAGGGGUCGACAGUACACACUGCGAGGAGUGGAUGAGCCCUGGCAUUUGCAACAGCUUCCGGCUAUCCGACCACACAACAAGCUCCUGCUUCGCCUCGUCAUUCUUUGUCGGAAGAAAACCAACAAUCGUGUUCACGUGCUCAUAAGCGAAAAGACCUCGGCUCACCUACCCGUUUGCGAGAUCAACCCCACGCGAUCCGUUCAUUCCACACUCAAGAAAUACAUGACGGAGAUCUUUGGGGCGGAUCUGCCAUCCCAUCGUCCUCACGGUCUGCUGAGCAUCGAACACAGUGGGAAACCCGCACAUUCCAACGACGGCUCUUGCUUGACUUUAUUGGUAUCGAUUCGGGUGCCCCUGGAGUCGGUGUGUCUUAUUGACAAGUACUCGUGGCUGGAGGUCGAGUCCGGAUUGGGCGAGGAGCUCUUACAUCGACUGGGCAAAAACCUAACCAUUCCUUUGUCGGUCAUUCGUUGAUCAGGAUUAUCCGUACUACGUUAAACAUUUACACCCUUACCAUACCAUCCCAUGUCAUUAUCAAAAGGAAAAAUUGACUGCAACCCAUCAAAUGGUAAAUCUAAAUAUCUAUUGUUACAUAAACACCAGUCUCACACUGUGUUAACUUUCUUUACUCGACAAAAGUAUAAAAAAUAAAACAUGAUGUUACGCGACAGAA